UCUUAAAGCUCGACGGAUGUAGCCAGCUAGCGGAUUCAUACUAGCAGCAGUAGCAAACGGCAAGCGCAGAGAUGAAGGCCACCUUCCUCCUUCUGGCCUGUGUGGUGCUUCUUGGCCUCUCUUCCGGAGGGCAAGCAGAUGAACUAAAGAAGCACUUCUACAAGAAGCUGUGCCCUCAGGCCGAGGAAAUGGUUCAGGACUUGGUGUGGGCAAGCGUCGAGAGCAACUCGACCCUGCCUGCCAAACUCCUGAGAUUGUUCUUCCAUGACUGUUUCGUGAGGGGUUGUGAUGCCUCCGUGUUGCUGGAUUCAACAGCGAACAUUAGCGCCGAAAAGGAUGCCAUCCCGAACCGAUCGCUAGCAGGCUUCGAAGUCAUCGAUCAGGUGAAGGCGGCGUUGGAGAAGGCUUGCCCAGGGAGGGUCUCCUGCGCAGACAUAGUUGCGUUGGCCGCAAGAGACUCGGUAUCCUUUCAAUUUCAGAAGCCUCUCUGGGAAGUGAAGACCGGCAGAAGGGACGGCAAUGUAUCACUCGCAUCCGAGGCCCUCGCCGACAUUCCUUCACCCGGCGCCAACUUCACCAGCCUCGUUCAGCAGUUCGCCAGCAAGAAUCUGGACGUCGAGGACCUCGUCGUCUUAUCAGGUGCACACACCAUUGGCGUCGGGCACUGCGGCAUCAUCAGGAACAGGCUCUACAACUUCACCGGCAAAGGCGACACCGACCCGUCCCUGAACGCGACCCACGCUGCGUUCCUGAAGACGCAGUGCAGUCCGACCGACAGAACAACGACGGUGGAGAUGGAUCCUGGGAGCAGCCUGUCGUUCGACGACCACUACUACGUCAUCCUGAAGCAGAAGGAGGGGCUGUUCCAGUCCGACGCCGCCCUCCUGACCGACGGCAAAUCGAGCAAGAUAGUGGACAAGCUGCUCGACGACGGCGAUUUCUUCGAUGCGUUCGGGAAGUCGAUAACGAAGAUGGGCAACAUCGGGGUUCUCACGGGGACCGACGGGCAGAUCAGGAGCAACUGUCGCGCCGUGAAUCGAUGAGUGAACCCUGUGCUUCUGCCGAUGCGGUGGUGUAGCUGACUGCUGUCGCUGCUUUCUCUAUCCCUAAUGUGAUCAUGGAUCCACGUGUUUUAAUCUCCAUCUAACAUGGACUUAUCUGAGAUGAUGAUUAUUAUUAUCA